AUGGCGUCGAUACCCGUAUAUGGCUGUGUUACAACCAUCUCAAUUCCUUUGGCAAAACCUUUAGCCUAACUCUUUGCCUCUCCUACAGCACCAUGGCUCGCAAAAGUUCUAAUUAUUAUCGAUCAAAGUCUCUUAAUGCCCAAUGGGAAGAUUUGAGUUGCUCGGUAAGUUAUCUUUUGAACGAGCACAAGGAACCAACACCGAAGGCGGAAAGUCUUGGGCAGAUUAAGACAGGGCAUUGGGUGAACAGUUCAGAACGUACUCACUGUGCUGAUGGAAGCUGUCGGAAGAAAUUUACGUUAACGGAGAGAAAGCAUCACUGCAGAAGGUGUGGGGAAGUAUUUUGUGGCAAGUGCUCUCAAUACAGGCGUCGGCUGUCAGUAUUUGGAACUCCAGAUCCAAAUGGAUUUAGCUACAGAGUAUGUAAAAGCUGUUUUGAUGUUGGACCACAGAGGGAUGGAGCUUUCCGCUCGUUAUGGAAAGAAUUCAACCACUUUCGAAACCUCACAAAAUCUAGGAAAAACAACAAUGAUCAUAAAGAUGGGCCUGGUCACCUUGUGACACAUAUAAAAGAAGAGUUACAACGACUUGUUGAUGGUUAUACCAAGCACAUUGGCCAGUCAAAAUUAAAGUCCUUUGUGAGUGAAACAUUUAGCUUUGUGAAGAUCCCAGACUGGCAAAGAUCAAAACAUUGGAUG